AUGAUGUCCUCAGCAGUUAUGUCACCUGAUAUUAUGCCAGCAGCUAUGAUGCAACCACCUAUGAUGCCUCCAGCAAUGAUGCGUCCAGGAAUGAUGCCUCCAGCAAUGAUGCCUCCAGGAAUGAUGAUGAUGACAACUGCGCGACCUAUGAUGCCACCUGCUAUGAUGAUGAUGCCGCCACCUAUGAUGAUGAUGCCACCAAGACCGCCUCCUCCUAUGAUGCCACCACCUAUGAUGAUGAUGCCACCAAGACCACCUCCACCUAUGAUGCCUCCGCCCAUGCCUCCAAGACCACCACCACCGCCUCCUCCUCCUCCUCCUAUGAUGCCACCUCCUAUGAUGCCACCCCCUAUGAUGCCACCUAGGCCACCUAGGCCACCAAGGCCACCCAGGCCGAGUCCGCCGGGUAGACGCACGAAUUCUAUGGAUUAUCAGCCUGAAGACGACCCAAAUCCUCCAGGAUGGCCCGAUGAAAUGGAAGAUUCUUGGGAAAUAUAUGAUGCUUUUAAAGAAGAAUCCGAGGACAGUAGAAACCGUCGCCAUUUUAAGAACUUCGAUUAUUAUAAUUAUGAUCAUCCCCACCCUAUCAGAUUCGAUGAUCGCGAUUAUGAUCAAAAUCAAGAAUAUGAAAGUGAUCACAAUCAUAAACGAUUAAGAGACUAUGACUACCUUAAGUAA